AUGGCGGAUCUCUCUGCGUGUCACAGAGCGAUAAAAAGACAGCUUUUUCGACGGAAUGAAAGCCUUCUGCUGCUUGUUUGUAUAGUCACAUUUUUAUUUGUAUUUUAUAUUUACCAAAAAGUCGACUGCGAAAACACUGGAAAGUCAAUUUAUCAAUUUGGCGUCCACAGGAAUGAGCAAUCAAUAUCACGAGAAUGGAGUUCAGAAACCUUUUUAUUUAUCAUGAUCUUAACCUCGCCAAAGGGAAAAGAAAGAAGAGAUGCUAUACGAAAAACAUGGCUUUCAAAUAUUAAGUCACUAGAUUCUUCAGUAGCCGCAAGAUUUGUCAUUGGAGUUAAAGAAUUACCCGAAGAAAAUAGAAAGAACCUAGAUACUGAGUUAGAGACCCACCAUGAUAUCUUAUUUCUUCCAGAGCUUAAAGAUUCCUAUUUUGAACUAACUAACAAAGUACUACAAGCCAUAAAAUGGAUAGAUGAAAAUGUUAAAAGUUCUUACCUUCUCAAGGUCGAUGAUGAUAGCUUUGUUAGGCUCGAUGUCGUCUUAUCUGAACUUAAGAGUACUUCUCCGUCGACGAAGAAUCUUUAUUGGGGAUUCUUUCGUGGCGAUGCGCACGUCAAGUUUAAAGGACCGUGGGCUGAAAAAAGAUGGCAUCUCUGUGAUAGGUAUUUACCUUAUGCCCACGGUGGUGGAUAUAUUUUAUCUGGUGAACUGGUGAAUUUUAUUGCUCGUAAUGCUGACUUGUUGCAGAGAUUUAACAGUGAAGAUGUCUCAGUAGGUAAGAGCAAUAUAAAAAGCUAAGUAAUUUUUUUGUUACUCAUUUUCGUGACUUAAAGGGUUAAAUGAAAGUUGAUCUUAAGUGAAGUUCUCAUUUUUGGAAGCCAAAACGAGGAAAAUUGGAAGGACAAUGAUUUGUACACAGUUCACCACAAGACUCUAAGGGCAUUAAUCCAGGCUCCCAUUAGUUCAGAUGUUCAUUAUAUGUCACUUUGCUCUUUUUUGUCUUUUGUCUCCAGGUAAUACACAACAGUCACCCAUAUCAUCAUCAUCAUCAUCAUCAUCAUCACCAUCAUCAUCAUCAUCAUCAUCACAAUAUACAGUUGUUACAUGAUUGAUACUGUUAAGUACUUUUUUGUUAUUUUGUGUUGUAGGGGCAUGGCUGGCUCCUCUUCAAGUAAGCCGAGUUCAUGAUUACCGAUUCAACACUGAAUAUCGCUCCAGAGGGUGUAAUAACCAGCACAUUGUGAGCCACAAACAAUCCAUUGAUGACAUGUACCAGAAACACAAACAACUGCAAGAGGCUGGGAAACUCUGCUCUCACGAAACUCAUCUGCGAAACUCAUUUGUUUACAACUGGGGUGUUCCCCCUUCACAGUGCUGUAAAAGAGUCGGAGGAAUACCAUGA